UAUGUAUGUGCAUCUCUCUUUAUCACAACAAUAAUGGGCUUCAUUUUUCAAUACUGCAAACUGAAAGAAUCAAAAAGAGAUAAUACAUUUUGGCCAUUUCACUUUGAUGAUUCAUCAGUGGAUGCAGGAAGACUGGCAGGUUCCUGCCAACCAAAGACCCAUAUCUUCUUCCUAAAAAACCACAAGACAGCCAGCAGCACAGUCAUGAACAUUCUGUUCCGUUUCGGAGAAGCUCACAACUUGACCUUUGCCCUUCCCUUUCAAGCACAGUUUUCCUACCCCAGUUAUUUCAUCGCUAAGUAUGUUGAAGGUUUUUCCAUGGAAAGCAAGAAGGAGUUUCAUAUCAUGUGCCACCACAUGAGGUUUCAACUCACUGAGGUGGAAAAGGUAAUGCCAAACAGCACAUUUUAUUUUACUAUUGUACGAAAUCCAGUUUCUCACAUGGAAUCAUCGUUCUCAUAUUUCAAAAACAUAGAUGUAUUUCAUGAAGCUAAAAGUCUAGAGGACUUCUUCACCAAUACCUCAAAAUACUAUAAAACCACCAGUGAAAAAGGUAACUAUGCCAAGAACUUAAUGGCUUUUGAUUUGGGUUUUGACAACAAUGGACUAGAAUCUACAAAGCACUUUAAACUUAUGUGUCGGGCAGUAGACACCAUGUUUGACCUGGUGCUAAUAUCAGACUACUUUGAUGAAUCUUUAGUGCUUUUGAAGAAUGCACUAUGUUGGACUUUUGAAGAUAUUCUAUCAAUUCCACUUAACAGUAGAAGCAACAAUACAAAACAAGCACUGUCUAAAGAAACCCAGGAUAAGAUCAAGAACUGGAAUCAGUUAGACUGGAAUCUGUAUGUCUACUUUAAUAGGUCUUUCUGGAAUAAGGUGGACAACUUUGGGAGGAAGAGAAUGGAGAAUGAAGUAGAGGAGCUUCGAAAAAAGAGGACUGAAAUUGCACAGAUCUGCUUACAAGGUGAAGUGGAUCCUGACCAAAUGCAAGACAAAUCUCUAAAACCCUACCAGUCAGGAAUAGCCAGAAUUCUUGGACAGAACCUGAAGCCAGGAUUAAAAGAAAGUGACAGGCUUUUAUGCCAAAAACUAAUUACUCCAGAAAUUCAGUAUACUGAACUAUUGAAGAAGAGAGCUAAAAAUAAUCUACAAUAAUACAAUACUUCUCAGUAUCUCUCACCUUCGACACUUUAUUUAUUUUUCCCAAUACUUUGACACAGUUUUAGCACUGUUUUCUCAUCUUCAUACUUCUUGGAGUGUACAAAGUGUUUUGCUGGAUUUUGUUCAGACCCAUAGAGCAUUGUAUUCUAAUUUCUAUCUGACCACUUUAAACUAGACAUAUGCAAUUCAUUAAGCUCCAAAUUCCCUUUAGAAUUCAGACUUAUUUGGCAAUCGGUGGAUUCCAAAUAUCCAAAAUCUU